ACUUUCAUUCAUUUACAGACCUCGCAAAAAGGCGCUCCUGAGCAGCAUAGCGGCGGAGACGGUAGUGGAAGCCUUUGUUGGAGCAGCAACACGGAACAUCGACGCUGCAACAAGAGCGCAGGUGUGACUUGCAACAGUUGUUAUAUGGACGCGUGGGCCAAGGCGGAUCAGGCAAGGUUCGGCUCGGCAGUCCAGCGCGGAAGUCAGUGACAACAACUCUUCCACGAGCAACAAGUGUUUCCCGCCGCGGGAAUGGUUUCGCGAGGUCAGCAAGGAAGUGGCUCCCUUACGUGGCUCCUGGUGGGUGCCGUGUCGCUGGUGCUGGUGGCGCGAGUGCAGCCCUACCCAGGGUACGUGGAGCGGCUGCCUAGCCUGCGGCGGUACCCCCAGACGCAGCAGCAGCAAGGCCCCGCGGAGAGUGAGCCCUUCGCCGGGACCAACGACGACUACGUAGAAGACGACGACGACGAGUUAGGUUAUUCAAAAAAAUAUGCCUACGACACCCUUAUGGCCGGAAGAGAGCCAGACAUCUUCCCCUACGACCAGGCGGAGGCAAGCAAUAAAAACCUGCAGCAGAUAUUACGAUCGUUUCGCCCAGUUGUUGGCGGGACAUAUCCCUCAGACCGCGUCCUUCCCUGGGACGACCUGCACGAGCUGGGCCUCAAGGGCGGCAGGUCGGCGGAGGACCAGCUCACAGCCCCGGACACCAGCCUCACCCAGCUCUCCUUCGCCAAGCACAGACAAAAGAGAGAGAGAAAAUGGUAUUGUGGGCUGUGGAUGCCGAUUUGUCCCUUCUCAGGGUGAUGUGCCACUUUAAAAUCUGCAACAUGGGGCGACGUCGGAGGGCCCGCCACUCCAACCCCCUGCAAGGCUGGCUCUCUUAACAGCCUCCCCGAAGCCUGGACCACUACCGCCGCCAAGCCCCAUCGCACACCCCAGGACUGUUUUUCCUGAGGCGCCUCGCGGGUGUUACGUCUGACCAUCCAGUUUGCAUAAUAAUUCCACAGUCGGUCGUCGGCUGUCCACCUCUAGCCUCUCUCGUACUAUUGUUUCCCCGCCGAUAAUAACCUCCCGUCAAGGGCUGAAAGGCCGCCACAAGUCUCCGACGCCCAGACUUGUUGUGACCAUCCCGCCGGGCGAGGGCAACUACCACCCAGACCGGCAGAGCGCUCAUCGAGGGUCAACUUGUGAAUUAAGGUUGUGCCUCAGCCCCACUCCCCCAUCCCUCUUCCCCAUCAAUGGUCCGCCACCCAUACCUGCAACACACCGCCACGCCACCCGAUGUGACAGAAGAGGACAUAGAAGUUCAUGUUCCCUAGUAUUGUUGGAAGAACACGACGAUCUCCUCAGUCACACACACACACACACGCACACGCACACACACACACACACACACACACACACACACACACACACACACACACACGAAUGAGGGCGCUGGAUGCUCAUAUGCCCUGCUGCUCCUUCCCAGACUCCUGCACCUCCAGGCGGGCCUCUAAGGACACUGGUAACCCCCAAUAGGGCCUGGCAACCAUUACAAGCCAUGACGGCUGCCUGCACCUGGCGGUCUGUGCUCCACUCAUGUUAACCGCCGGCAUCUCUUAGUGACAAAUGUAAAAGUUUUCAGGGACUUUAAUGACCAUCUUUUAUUGUAGCUAACACAGAGACCAAUGACGAUGAUUUGAAAACCAAUAAAACCAUAAAUGUGAAAUUGCUUUCAUAUUUCUGCUCUUCGUUCUCCUACUCCUACUCCUCUCCUCCCUCACUUCGUUGCCAUUUUCACAUUCUUUUUUUUCCGUGGAUAUAUUCUUCAGUCACCAAUACAGUUAUCCCAUCGAUGCCUAAAGUGAUUCAGGCUGAGAGGCAUGUGAAGGCAGGGGUGGCGGCGGCGAGCCUCGGCCACGCCAACAGUGGGGAUGGAACAGCUACCUCGCCCAGGGCCGCCUUUAAAUAACAUAACGAAAAUUGAAUGAAAAAAUUCUAAACGAAAGAUGAGCAGUAGCGCACUGUGUCCUGCAGGUGUAUCUGUUCGGUGAAUUAUAUGUAACUAGAGUAUGAUCAACAAAUAAAUAAGUUCUGGGACAUAAAACUGUGUGUGUGUGUGUGUGUGUGUGUGUGUGUGUGUGUGUGUGUGUGUGUGUGUGUGUGUGUGUGUGUGUGCGCGCGCGCGUUUGUGUUGCCCUGAACGAGGCCUGCUCCGCUUCUCAUCCGCGUCCAUCCCCGCCUGUGCCGUGGCCGCCCCAGGCCGAGCGGUGGAGCUGCCGUGGAGUCUGGUUGGAGAGUAGGACGUGUUCUACCUUCCUCCCUUUUACUCUUAAUUUAUCGAUGAAUAAACUAUGAUCAAUCAAAAUGAA